UGCCAGAGGCUGGUUUUGGUGUAACCUGGAUGUAACUGACAGGCGGCAACGUUUACCAAACCAAAUCAAACUUCGCCAACAUCUGCAGACUUUUUUUGAAUCGUGAACUAUUUAAUCUGCUUUCCUCCAUUGAAACCAGUCGUUUAACUGGUUCAAACCGGUCUACGCUGGUGUUCUGGUUGCAGUCAGCGUGUUUGUUGUUAUCAGAGGUCAGCGGGUCUCCAGGUGAAACCAGCACGCCGUAAAGAUGCUUUCCCCGAGUAGGACCGUCUCCUCCCGACUGCUCAGGCCGGCUUCAUGGAUUCCUCUCCGGCUGGGGUCUGAUGGUCGAGCCGCUAGCACUCUACAGAGAGAGUUGAUAAAGAAGCAAGAGCUGGAAAAAGAUGAGCUCCGCCCACUCUACAUGGACUUCCAGGCCACCACACCCAUGGAUCCUCGGGUGCUCGAUGCCAUGUUACCCUACCAGGUGAAUUACUAUGGUAACCCUCACUCAAGGACGCACGCCUAUGGAUGGGAAAGCGAAACGGCGAUGGAAACCGCUAGAAAGCAGGUGGCUGAUCUGAUUGGAGCAGAUCCACGAGAGAUCAUCUUCACCAGCGGAGCCACAGAAUCCAACAACAUGGCCAUCAAGGGUGUUGCCCGGUUCUAUCAGUCCAAAAAGCGUCAUGUGAUCACCACACAGACUGAACAUAAAUGUGUUCUGGACUCAUGUCGAGUUCUGGAGGCUGAAGGAUUCAAUGUCACCUACCUGCCAGUUCAGCAGAACGGGCUUCUGGACCUGGAGCUGUUGGAGGCCUCCAUCCGCCCUGACACCUCUCUGUUGUCUGUGAUGACUGUCAACAAUGAGAUAGGAGUCAAACAGCCCAUCAAGGAGAUCGGUAAGAUUUGUCGUGCCAAAGGCAUCUUCUUACACACGGAUGCUGCUCAGGCUGUUGGGAAAGUUCCCAUCGACGUUCAUGACUGGAAGGUCGAUCUGAUGUCCAUCAGUGGUCACAAGAUCUACGGACCCAAAGGUGUGGGUGCUUUGUAUGUGCGCCGCCGGCCCCGAGUUCGUCUGGAGCCUCAGCAGAACGGGGGCGGUCAGGAGAGGGGGCUGCGGUCUGGCACUGUCCCCACCCCGCUGGCUGUGGGGCUGGGAGCCGCCUGCAGCAUCGCCAAGCAAGAGUUGGAGUAUGAUCAUGAGAGAGUGUCCAUGCUGGCUAAUCGUCUUGUCCAGAAGAUUAUGUCAGAGAUCCCUGAUGUCAUCAUGAAUGGAGAUCCGCAACAACGCUACCCUGGCUGUGUCAACCUGUCGUUUGCCUACGUGGAGGGAGAGAGUCUGCUGAUGGCCCUGAAGGAUGUUGCUCUGUCAUCUGGGAGUGCCUGCACGUCAGCGUCUCUGGAGCCAUCGUACGUCCUAAGAGCGAUCGGAGCAGAUGAAGACCUGGCUCACUCUUCCAUCAGAUUUGGAAUUGGCAGAUUCACCACAGAAGAAGAAGUGGACUACACAGCAGAGAAAUGCAUCCAGCAGGUCCGCAGACUCAGAGAGAUGAGUCCUCUGUGGGAGAUGGUUCAGGACGGCAUCGACCUGAAGAGCAUCAAGUGGACCCAGCACUAGACUCCUCUCACUUCCUGUUUACUUCCCAGCUGGCAAUGACAACUACAACAAUGACAACGACGAUGAUUCCUGGAGAAUUCUGGGAAAUAGACCAGCUUUUCCUUCCCGUACACAAACACGCACAAACUUCCUGUCCGACUUGAAGUCUGUUAGUAGCCGUCACUCUGUGUCUCUGUAGAAGCUCCUCCAGUUGCUUUCUCAGGAGAUGUUGCUCAGAGAGUUGACCAAAAUGCGGCAACCUCUGCAUGUUGUUGUUGUUCUUUUGCACAUAUUCAGCUCAUGAGGGCCAAUGUGUUGCUUGUGUUGAGCUGUCAGAGUCCAUGACACCUCAGUCCUGUAUCACAAAGUCAGGUCAGCUCAGUCAGGCUAACGUUGAUGGUGUCUUUGAGCUAACUUCAGCUUUAUUUGGAUUAAGGUCUGAGUGUUUUCACAUGAAAGACUAGUUUUUAAAUACAGCUGAUCAUAUGUUACAUCAUCAGCGCAAUUCAAUACUGGAAGUUAAAUGUGAGGCAACCAGCAUUAACCCAUAAAUACUCUGUGAUAAGAAUACAUUAUAGACUAAUAUUCAUGUUUAUAUUUAAAGCAAGGGUAGGGGUGCAAAGAUGUGGGACUCCAAUGGCAUUUUUUGACUCCUGUCUUACAUAUUUGUGUGAAAGAUCAGCUUCCUUUUAGUAUUAAUACUAUCCAUUCUGGGCAAAUGUUAAGGUUUUUACACAGUUGUCUGGUUCAUACCCACUUUCACCUUGAAUUUGAUUAUAUGAAUAAAAUCUGAAUAUUUCUAAAGGAAAUGAUGAUCAGAAGAGGGAAAACAAGACCCAAGGUGUAGUUAAAUCAUAUGUCUGAACCAUUGUGUCCAGCUGUUGCAUGGCUACCCAAAAAGCAUAUUUCAUUGAAACUAUAAGAUACUGGAGAUGAAAUGGGAUGAAAUUUAAAGCUGGGUGUAAACUGCAUAGCUGAGGCAGCAAAGUUAAUUACAACAGAGGCACUGAUGCAUUUGUUUUUACUCAUAAGUACAUUUCUCUGUUUUCCUCGAGAUCUAGACUUUUUUAUUUUGUUACAUUAAAAAAAGCUGGUUUCCUGGAAUAACUAUUUUCUUGAGAUAACAACAUAAAUAAGUUGAGAUCUUGAGAAAGCAACUGGAAAUCUUUGAUUAUCAUGGGAAAAUAAGGAUGCAUGUGCACUUAGGGCUUCCCUAACUUAAAGGAGUCAGCAAGUCUGCUUAAGACUUUCCUCAAGAAACACAACAUUUUAAGAGCUUUUCUGUGUUGAAAGCUAGCAGGAGGCUGGUUUACCCACAUCACACUGCAAAAACUCAAAUCCAAGCAAAUGAGUUCGUCUAAUUUCUGUGCAACAAUAACUUUUUACACAAUUUGAAGCCAUAUUGGUUUAAAACUGCAGAAUAAAAUCUUGUUUCAAGAUUUAAAGAAAAAUCAGGCCUGUAUUUCUUGAAACUCGUAAAAAUAUCUGCCUAGGGGCAAGGAUUUUUUAUUGUUGAGAUCUUGGAAUGUGAUGUACGUAAAAAAUAUAGAUAUCUAAUUUCAAGCUCUCAAGGUAAAGCUUUUAUUGAGUACAGUCAAUUCACAGUUGAACUUUUGGGUUUUACUUCUUGAAGUAGAAUGUUUUGUGAGAUUUGAGCUUACAGUAAGAGUAAUUAUAACUUUCUUAAGGUUAUAUUUUGGGAAUUUUGCCUUUAUGUGGAUUGGACAGCUGAAGAGCGUCAAGAAAUAACAGGGGUACACAUACACCAGGAUCUGGACUCAGUCCUGAGACUCAUGUGUCAAGAACUGUAGCCUGCAUUCUACCAACUGAGCUAAACUGGCACCUGGAAUUAGAAGGUUUUUGAUAAGAAAUUAGACCAACACUUGCUUAUUGUCAAAUUUUCAGUGCAGUCACGAGAAGAUGAUGAACCACUUGGUUUGAGUCAUGUUUAGGGGGUUUUGUUGGAUUUUCAGGUGUGAGAAGGGAGAUGUGGGAUUUUACUAAUCACAUCUUAUUUAGGUCCAUUUUAAAGGCACAAGUUACUGGCUUGGAUACUGAUUUUUAAAGAUUCUGGUCCUAAUGCCAAAUUUGCUCAAGCAUGGAGCAAUCACAGUACAUUGCAUCUCAAUGUUCCUCUUACUUACCCUGAAAAAGCAGCUUAAAAAGUCCCUCUGAACAGCACCCAGAGAACUUUAUUUGUAUCGUUGUAACCAUGAAUACAGCUCCAGAAAUAAUAAGUGACCCCUUCAUAAGCAUGUUCUUUCUCUUGUUGUGCCAUUUGAAUAUUUUUUUUUUAAUGAAAUGAACAUUUUUUGUGUAACUGUAAACAACACAACUCCCAAUCUCUAAACAAAAUGUUCUCAUUUAUGUGUUUUAUUUGAAGAAACUGACGUUCUACCAAGAAAGCAAAACGCUGCCAUAUUUGUUAAGACCUAACAAGUUUCUAUUCUUUUUUGAAAAACUGAGCAGUAACGUUUUAACUUGUGAAGAGUUCAGAGAUCAGUGUGUGCUGGAUUAAUGUUGGAAUAUUUGGUUUAUGGCUGCCUAAACAGCAAAUCCUGCUUUGUGAUACAGGCUUUAAAUAAGCAUCCAAGAUUUUAAGCAACAAAGAGGAACAAUGGUUGGUGUUGCUUGAGUGAGACGUAGGAUGACAGCUGAAAGCAGCAAAGCUAAAACUCUGGAUUUUACAAUUAAUUUCUAAUUCUUUGAGUCUGACCUUUCACUUGCUGAGUCAUAAAUUCUCUCCCACUCUCUUCACAUGUGAUAUAAACAGCUCUCUCUUUCUCCAAAGCUCGCCGUUUUUCUUCCCACAUCAGUGUUCAGUAAUCUGUAGCAUCACGUCAGUGUCUCAACAGAGGUUCUCAGUGAAAAUCCAGACAAUCAUAGUGUUAGCCAUCAUGUUUUAGUUAUUUUUCAAGUCUCGAACACUCUACAAGACUGCAUCUUUACAAGACAAAACUGCCAGUACCUUAAAGUCAUAACACAAAAAUCUGAAAAACAUGUGUUGAUAUGUUUGGGUCUCUGUUCUCACACUGUGGAGGAUUUUUAAAGUCUUGUAUUGUGUUCCUGGACUUAAUCAGCUGAGCCUAAAAUGUCAUAUUUAUUAAACUCCUGCAUCUACUGUCUUCUACUGUUACUCCUGUCUUAACACAUUAUUCUCCAAUAAAAUGCUGCUUCAUGGUUAUGCAAUGAA